AUGCGAGAGCAUGAACUCGCUCGGGGAGAAGCGCGCUGCGAUCAGAGUGACCCGCUGGGGAACUUGGAUAAAGCAGAUGUGGAAAUCCCAGCCUGGAAAGGACUUGGGAGGUCACUAAGGGUGGGUGCCAGCAGGUGCCUGGCAGUCCAUGAUGACAGCGAUGACAACGAGGGGAGGAAGCAGCUCGGUGGCUGCAGCAGAGUCGGUGGGCUCAGGCUCCUGCGGCCUGGGGGACAGGCACUGUGGCAGAGGGGGCUCCUGAGGCAGCAGCAGAGAAGGACACCCUGCGUUCCUCAGGGGCUUUUUGGGGACUUCCUUUCACAGCAGAUCCCACCAGAGCAGCCUGGAGAUAAACCUUCAGAAACGGGUGAAGCCCAGCGCAAGGAGGUUUGCCGCUGGCCGUGCCGCUGCCCGCCGGCGCCAGCCUGCACCCCCGGGGUCAGCCUGGUGAAGGACGGCUGUGGCUGCUGUAAGGUCUGUGCCAAGCAGGCAGGAGAGCCCUGCAAUGAAGCAGAUGUCUGUGAUCCCCACAAAGGGCUCUACUGUGACUACUCGGAAGACGAGCCUAGGUAUGAAACAGGCGUGUGUGCAUAUCUGGUAGCUGUAGGAUGUGAGCUCAAUGGAGUUUAUUACACCAACGGGCAGACCUUUCAGCCCAACCGGCUUUACAAGUGCCUGUGUGUCGGUGGUACGAUCGGAUGUACCCCUGCAUUCACACCAAGAUUAGCAGGAAGCCCCUGCGCCAGGGUACCAGGCAGAAGGAAGCCAGGACAAUCCAGCUGUGGCCUGGGACAGCACAAGCAACUUCAAUCAACCAACUACAGGCUGAUGUCAGCUUACAGAAGCUUACCACUAGUUUUGAAGAAAAAGUGCCUCAUACAGGCAACUCCCUGGACACCCUGUUCCAGGACCUGUGGCAUAGGCAUAUCCAGCAGAGUGACCAACGACAACAGAAAAUGUGAAAUGAAGAAAGAAAAGAGAUUAUGCUUCAUCCAGCCUUGUUUGACCAAUAUGUUGAAGAAAAUAAAGAUUCCAAAGGGAAAAACAUGCAAACCAACUUUCCAGCUUCCAACAGCAGAGAAGCUGGUUUUUUCUGGCUGCUCAACUACUCAAAGAUAUAAACUGACUUUCUGUGGAGCGUGUUUGGACAAGAGGUGCUGCAUCCCUAAUAAGUCCAAAAUGAUCACUGUACAGUUUGAGUGUCCCAACGAAGGCUUCUUCAGGUGGAAGAUGAUGUGGAUAACAUCGUGUGUGUGCCAGAGGAUUUGCAGUGCUCCAGGAGAUAUAUUUUCCCAACUCAAACUCCUAUGA